GACACUACAUCCUGAAGCCUGAGCUGUGUUGAUGAUCCCUGAACGCAGCACGAACACGCACACUCUCUGAGAGCAGCGCGACGUUUUGUUCAAACACCCUUUCAAAAUUUGAAAGACUCGCAGCUUUAUUCCCCCUCUCUCGUCGCUGAGCCACACCGCAGUCUGAAAAUGGCCACAGACGAGUUGUCGUCGAAGCUCAGCCGACGACUUCAGAUAGAAGACGGAGCCGAGGACCCUGUGGCCCUGGACCCGCCCGGACACCAGAACGGUUCCGUGGAGAAGCCGAGCACCGCCAACGCAGAUUCGGAGCUGGGCGCCAAACUGUCCCGGAGAGGAGAGCUGAACGAGGGGCAAGUUGAGCACUGUCAGCCCAGCAUGAAGGUCUUCAACCCCUACACCGAGUUCAAGGAAUUCUCCCGAAAGCAGAUCAAGGACAUGGAGAAAAUGUUCAAAAUGUAUGAUUCUGGGAAAGACAACUACAUUGACCUCAUGGAGCUGAAGUUGAUGAUGGAGAAGCUUGGUGCUCCACAAACACACAUUGGCUUGAAGAAUAUGAUCAAGGAGGUGGACGAGGACCUUGACAACAAACUCAGCUUCAGAGAGUUCCUGCUGAUUUUCAGGAAGGCAGCAGCAGGAGAGCUGUCAGAGGACAGUGGCCUCUGUGUCCUUGCUCGCCUCUCUGAAAUAGAUGUCUCUACAGAGGGGGUCAAAGGAGCCAAAACCUUCUUUGAAGCUAAAGUCCAGGCCAUCAAUGAGUCCAGCCGGUUUGAAGCAGAGAUUCGCCAGGAGCAGGAGGAGAAGAAGAAGCAGGCUGAGGACCAGAAACAGAGACGAGCAGCUUUCAAAGACCUACAGUCAGCCUUCAAUUGACCACCGAUCUCUCAUCUCAGGACCUUUCACUCUGUGCUGCACUAAGUCAAUGGGUGUUUUUUAAUGCCCCAUGUAUGUAAGGCAGUAGAAGUCCUGAGUUAUCUGAAAGUCCUCUACAUGUUUAUCAAUAGUCAAAUCCAAUGGACUCGGUACAAUGAACACAUUACCACUGUCUAUGCUUAUGCAGAUAAUAUAUAGAAAAUCAAUGAUUCAGCUGUAUAUUUAACUCACUAGCUCGGUCACGCCUUCUAAUAUUGAUAAAAGUUUAGUGCAGGACUGUCGAUAGAAUAGUCUUUGCUGAUCUAAAUGAAUGGUUCUCACAGUAUCUUUUCAUUAGGCAUAGCGUCCCCAAUUUCAAAGAAUCUAUUUUUACCCCAAUAUCUACUGUGGUGCACUGUGCUGGCACUUUGGGGCUGCUGACCCAGAGGGCUUCGGCAAAACAAAACGAAUGAUUACUUUCCAGGGUUUUCAAAUCUGGUCUCAUAGAGUUGUAAACGAGUGUGCAGUGUGUUGGCAUCUAAUAAACCUUAAAACUGUUGCUCAAAUCAGCCUGUAUUAGUUUGACAGUCUCCACUGUACCUGUUACGACAAGCACACACCAACACAGCUCCCAGUACCUGCUGUGUUUGGACAGAUAGCGCUUAGAUUAUUCCUAAACUGUAGUUGAAAUGACUCAUUCCUAGUAUUUGCAUAGAGUGGUGAUGAAUGCACUUAAUGCACUGUCUUGACUACAGUGUCAGCUUGCUUAAACUAUAUUUUAUUAACUUUACUCAAGAUUUCAAUCCACAGUGACACUUUACAGUCUCAUAAUCAGCUUGCCACACAAUUGAGUUAGUGUCGCAUGUUAAAGAAAUAGCUGAGCUCUGCAGUUUAAGUGUCACCAACUUCAUUGCUAACAUUAGGGGAUGUAUUGACCGGGGAGGUCCGGAGGCUUUUACUCAGACAUUUGUGUUUACACACAUAGCCCUUCUGGAGAAAGACUGGAGGUUCUGGGUCUCCCGAGUUCAGUGCAUUCAUGAAAGCAGCUUGAGUAAAACGUUCAAUAACUGAAAGGAAUGAUCCAAUUUUUGCUAAAUAGUCCAAGGCGUUAGAUUUUUUUUAAACUGCUCCCACUCUAUGUUAUCUCACCUGAUUAACCUGGAGGUUUAACAAACAAUAUCACAUGUGCCAUUAUAGCAGUUAGACUAGUGCCACUUACACUGUUUUACAUUCUCAUUGUAAAGUCAUAACUAAUGUGAAAUCCUUCACCUGCAGUUGAAACCAGCAUCUUCCUAAUCACCCCCUUUUUCUGUUGCCCUUACUAUGUGAAACCCUAGUUUUGUAAUCAGGUAAAUAAUUUUUCAAACAAAGUUGUGCGUUUUGCACUAACUUGAUAAUUUCAUUUAAGUGUCUUUAUCAAGAAUUUUGGAUUAAACUUGAUGUAAAUGUUAAAUUUAAUCCAAGAUUAAAUGUCCCUGUCUUUAAAACAUGGUGUUAAUCCUGAAGAUCGUGUGGAGGAUAGGGCUCAUAGAUGCAGAGACGGCAAACCCGAGCUAAUCAGUAAAAUAACUGGUACUCUGUAUUAUCCAAUAAUACGUUGCCAUUUAUUUGUAAUAUAAUCAGGGAACAGUAUGGGAUGUUUUAACAUACAUUCAUCUUUAACAAAUAAAUGGUAAAAUUACACCUGUUGGCCACUAGUUGGUACACAUUUUAAAAAAAUCUAUUUUAAGUAUGCAGCCUAUGAGAACAAAUAAACACCGAUCAGACUCGGAUGUUUUUAAUAUUUGAAACAAACAUUUUUGUUUGUGGCUUUAACUGAAUUAGCUUCUUGUUAGUUAAUAUACCAAUGCACCUAUACUGUACAUGCAAGGGUCAUUUCCUGUCAGUAGUUUUAUAUUUAUAGCAUAUAGUAUUGAUUUUAGUGACGAAUUGUUAUGAACUGAUCAAAACGUUGUAUUUACAUCAGUGAGUCCAAGCGACUAAAUAUAAAGCUUGAGUGUGAUACACUUUACAUAUUAUUAUACAUUGGCACCUUAUGUAUCAGAAAUAUAUAUUCUUAUGAAUGCUGUAUCUAACCGUUAUGACCAAUCCCUUCAUUUAUUUAAAAUGAUUUAUAAAACAAAGGCACAGUGUAUUUAAUGGGUAGAUGAUUUUAACAUGAUCUUCAGGAUUACCCUAGACCAAUUAAGUUCUUACAGUACCGAUAAAUGACAAAUGCGGUAUGAUUUGUGUUGUGGAGUUGUAAUCCUAAACUGAGAACUUGUACGUACAUGCGCUCACCUUACUUUUUCUCACAAAAAUACUGAUCGUGUUGGUAAGUUCUCUGUGUAUCCUUAAAUUAUUUUUACAACACCGGCAAAAAUCGUAUCUUUUUCUUCUACUUCUUUGAGUGUGCAUGCAGUUGAGCUCUGUUGACAACAACUAUGCGUCGCUUAACAUACGUCACAUACUACGUUGGUCUGAUUGGUUGUAGGUCUAUCCAAUUGAGCAAAGAGGCAUUUUUUUUCCCCUUGUUCGGUUGAAACACGCCCCAUAAUCACAGCCCAAUGGAGCAGUAUCAGACACAUAUUCUGACUAGAAUUAUGAGUAUGACAACGUCAGGCUAGGAUUACCCCAUAAUAUAAUCUAAAAUUGAGAUCUAACAUUUUUGUAUGAUGGCAUAGAGGGAUUUCAAAUCUUUUAUAGAAGAGAUCGUUAUUUUAGCUUUUAAGCAACGUUGUAAAUGUAUUGGGAACACAUGUUUGGUUAGUACUACAACAAAUAAUAUGCAAGAGCCUUUAGUGUAGUUAUUAUUCUGUUGAUGCAUGGCAGCAUAUCUCAGCACUUUGUGGCUGAAAUGUUCUUAAUACAUCAAAAGCAUAUCCGAUUUUUCUCCACUGUAUGAAAACACUACCUUUUCGAGGAUGAAAAAUUUCUCCUUGUUCAUUGUUUAAACAUUCUAGCAAAACCCAAAUGUGGUGUUGUCUGGAGGACAGGCAAUGAGUAGUUGUAACUGUGGGUAUUGUCAGAUCUGUCAUAUGUAUCUCCUGGUUUUUAUUAUUUCUAUAGUAAGGCUCAUUGUUUUUUUGGUUUUGAUCUGUCCCCAAUGACAUUGUUAGCUGUAAUAGAUGGGUAACUAUAUUGCUGUUAUUUUUUUUGUAAUAUUUGAAAAUUUUCAAAAGAGAUAAUUUCCAUUUGGUUGUUUUUGUUGUUGCAAAUAUGCAAAUGUUUUAUUGAUUGAUUUUCCUUAUUGAUAUUGUCAAGCCCACACUUAAUUAGUAGUGGGGGUUUCAGAGGGAAAAAAAACAUAAUUUUUUUUAUUUCAUUCCACUGAACAUUCCCUCAUACUGAUAGAGAACAAUGAGUUGGAGUUGAGUACACACACUGUCAUCUACUGAAUUCUCCAAACCUAUCAUUCGGUUAUGUCCAGGAAAGUGCCAAAUGUUUAAACUACUGUAAUGGGGCUUUUCAUGCUACAGCAGCACAAAUGUGACUGGAAAUAAAAUGACAAUGAUGAAAUAUUUGAUCUUUCUAUAUUUGGAAAACUGUUGGCAGUGUUAAGUGGUGAUCAUGUUGUUGGUACACAUCCAAUCCUACCAUUCAUGUCAUGGAUACAAUUUUAUGCUGCAGUUCUUGCAUUUUUCCACUUGGUCUGAGAGUUGCUAUAAAAGUUGAGGACUUCACUAUAAAUGUAAACUCAUGUUGUUGCAGUGCCCUCCCAGCUCACUGCUGGAAAGUUGACUGAACUGUGCUGAGUAAGACAACUUCAAAAGUGAGCUGGCAAGUCUGAGUAGUCUCUUGGCUGUAUUACAUUAUCACAUACUUUUUUUUUACCUGUACAAUUGCUUUCCCUGCUAUGGUUUGAUUAAAUUUCCACUUUCCUUGUUUUUGUUAGUUUGUAAAGUUGUACUAACAAAAGAGAAUGUUCUAAUGCAGUUUAUGUUUUAAUUUCAAUAAAAUGUCCAGUGUG